AAAGACUGAUGCCACUUAAAUAAAAAGGAUCAAGCAUAUUAUUUUAUCUAUACAAACAAAAACUGUAGAAAUUGGAAUAAACUUUGUGGAAGAAAUAUUCAUCAAGUAACGUGUACUUUAAACAUUUUCCAAUCUACCAGUAAAUUUUUAAUGGUACCAUAAAAAGCAUAAAUCAACCAUUACUGAAAUGAGUGAUAUUACAGGAUUCUGCAUUAUCUCACCUUCUAUAAACUUCUAGGAAUAUCAUUGGUUAAAAGCGAACACGUGGGAACCUAUUUGAUCGGCUUUUUCGGAACACUUGACGACAGUUACCCCAUUUAGAUAGGUACAUAAAAAGGUCUAGUUUUUAUUCCAUUUACCCCAUUUAGAAAGGUACAUAAAAAGGUCUAGUUUUUUAUUCCGAUUCCAAAGGAAAAUCAAGAUUAUAUGACAAUCAAUAAUAAUUAACAGCAAAAAUUGCUGGGAUAACACAAAUGACAAUCAAUGUUAUGUGGAUGAAUCUUACAAACGAUGGUCAGUACCGCAAGUAAGGAGCCAACAAGUAAGGAAAAAUUUUAUUGAAAUAUCGACUGGAAAUAAUCGGUAACCUUUUACAGUAGUGAUAGGACUCUAUACGAAACUCAUAUUCUCGGUAUGGAUCAAAAACUGAAAUAUUGAUCAUAACUAAAGCGAGUGUUCAGUGAUUCUCUUAUUAACGCGACAAUCUCUCUCUUCUCCAAAGAUCAAACUUGUACAUUUCUUUUUUUCAUUUUGUAACGUCAAAGAUACACAAUGAUUCUAAGGGGCUGUCCAACUAACAUUAUUGCAGUAACAAUCAUUUUCUUCCUGUACAAGACUGGAGAGUCCAUGCUAGAUGCAACUACUAGGCCUUAUAUAUUAAAAGCCGUCUGUCAUGACAAUUUCCCUUUCAAUGCAACAUACUGUCAACAUAUUGAUUUUUAUCCUGACAUAGAGAGUGACAUACAACGAAAAUCAGCGACAUACUUAAUUUAUUACAGAAUUCUGAUCAAUGUUCCGUCUGUUAUUCUGGGACUAUUUUGUGGUGCAUAUAGUGACAAAUAUGGAAGAAAAAUACCGAUGAUGCUUCCCAGUCUUGGUAGUGUAUUCGGAGUACUACUCUACAUGGCUAGUUUAGCAUACGACGAAUUUAGAAUUCCGUUGAUUCUGAUUGGUGCAGCCGUCCAAGGGAUAUUUGGCAAAAGUACGGUAAUUACAAUGGCAGUCAACAGUUACAUAGCAGAUGUUACGGAAAAUGACGAAAGAAUCCGGAAACUUGGAAAUCUGUUGGCAAUGAACUUCUUUGGGUUAUUUGUUGGGUCGUUCAUGUCAGGAAUACUGCAGGAUAUUUCAAAUCUUUUAACAACUUAUUGUGUUGUGAUCUUGCUCCAUGGCUGCACUAUCUUGCUAACUGUAGCUGCUAUGAAAGAAAGCGUUGAAUAUCCAGUGAAAUCAGAAGAGGAAAAAUCCGAAUUUCUUGCUUUGUUCAACCCGGCCAACAUCAAGGAUGCUUUUGGAGUUUUGGUUAAGUAUCGACCUAACAACAUGCGAACGGUUCUAUUAGUUUUGUUUUUAUUGACAUUACUUAACCAAACUUGUAAAGUAGGUGAGAUGGACGUAACGGUCUUGUUUGUAACUAGGUCACCACUCAGCUGGCCUAAAUCAUGGUAUGGAUACCUACUGUCUGUCGAUUAUGCCGUCAUGGGAUUAUGUCUGCUCUUUGUACUUCCGGUUCUAUCAAGUAUCGUUCAUCUGUCUGAUGCUACAAUUCUUAUGAUAGGAAUAAGUUGUAAAAUUGUUCGUCUGACGUGGGCCGCAUUCGCUUUCAGAACGUGGAUGGUCUAUGUCUCCGUUAUCAUUGGAGCGUUCGCUGGAUUGAUUACAUCUGCGGUACGAUCACUUGUCAGUAAAUCAGUGAAUGAGCAUGAAGCAGGGAAACUUUUUUCAUUAUUAGCGUGCGCGGAAACAGCGUCAAAGUUGUUUGGUGUAUUAAUAUUUGUGAAUUUGUACAGUGAGACGGCUGACCUGUUUGCUGGAUUAGCAUAUUUGUUUGAAGCCGUCCUGUACAUUUUCAUGAUCUUGUUGGUGAUUUGGAUAUUCAAAGAUCUAAAAAAUGUAGGAACAAUAGAUUUAAUGCAAGCAUUAGAAGAACAUUCCAAUUUUAACAAAGGUUCUGUCAAUUAUAACACAUUGUCAAAUAAUGCACUUCCGGUAUUAGAUGAAUUAGAGGAGCAGCCGUCUUAUCCUACACCUCUACCAGCCACUACCCCAUAAUGAAAAACUGUUAUGUUAUCAUUUUUUGUUAUAGUUGAUAUAUGGUUGUGAUGUUUGUCAGUAAUUAUAAGCAAAGUCCUCUAUCUUUAUUGAUUUCAUUUGCAUUCACUAGAAACAUUAAAAAAAAUGACAUGUGUAUAAAAUAGUAGCAUUUAUGAGAUUACUCAUCUUAAAAAAUGUAGGAAAAAUCACAUAACCAAUCGUAAAAAACACUAUUUAAACA